AUGGGGAGCAGUAGCAGUUUUGGGGAUAGAAGAAGAGAAGCAGCAGGAGAUUGGAGAAGGAGCAGCAGAGAUCGGGCGCAAGCAGAGCAGCAUCAGGGACGUGGGAAGAGCAGUAGCAGUAUGGGGAUGGUCGCGUGGGGCACCAGGCACCUCGUCUGGUCGAGCGUGCGAGCGUGGGGUGGAGGCGCGGUGGUGAUGCGAUGGCUCUGGUGGCUGGAUGGAUGGGCGGUGUGUGCUGGCGGCGGUGUGGAGAUGGAUUGGUGCUGGUGGAUGCUGGUGAUGGAGCGGUGGCGCUCCGCCACGCCGGCCUGGCCGAGGCGGCGGCCGGUGGUGGAGAAGGUGGGGUGA